AUGCUAUCACUUUUACUUAUUGCUGCACUCGCCUCUAUCUCCACUGCGACUUACGUGUUGAGUCCUCCCAACAUUCAUUACGAGUCUACUGAAUCUAUCGUCGCCUCGCUUUUGGCGUCAAAUCAUCUCGGCGCGCCUCUACCCCCCAAUUCUCUUGGUUCCACCCCCGGCUGGUACUUCGGCGAUGUUCCUGGCUCAGCAGACGAUCUUCCAUGGCUUAAAGAUGUGGACUUGUGCUCAGUUCUUGCUCAAAGCCCCGGUAGUAUUCGGUGUCCGCAUGUCGCAGAAAAGCCGAAGAAGACAUAUUCCAGACGUUCUGCUGUCCCAGCCGACCCCGCGGCUACACCUGCUUCCCAGUCGCAAUCUCCGGUUGCUCGUUAUCGCAUAAUCUUCAGCGGACUUACAGGCGCUAUACAAGGCUCUGGAUACUUGACGUAUGGAUUGGUUGACACUGUUAGUGACUGUGAAACGAUGUGUGAUAACGUCUCCGGUUGCGUAUUUUUCAACUCGUACCACGACGUGAAUGGAAAGAACGGAAGCCCUCUUCUCACUUGCUCGCUAUACAAUACACCACAUACCGCAGAUGAGGCUACCAAUACUGGAGGGCAGACACAACCCGAUGGAUCCGUCAAUUACAUUACAGAUAGCGAUGGGAUGGAACUGAAUACUUCGUAA